GCGUCAAGAACUAAAGCAUCAUUCUCACUACUGAAGAAAGUCUGAAAAAUGGCUUCGCAAACAGAACUUCGAAUUAUAACCAAACCGAAGCCUAAAGUUAAAGGUAAAAUCACCACAAUUCUUCACUGCUACCUGCCACUGCUCUUCAUAACACUUUGGACUGUCACGUGUCAAGCUGAGUACUUCUCAUCAAUCGACAGCAUACCAGUGCUGGCAAUCGCAGAGGAAGAUUUAAUCCAGUGGUUUAGGAAUUUGCUGGAUUCUCAGGCGCAGGAUUUUGCUGUCUAUCGCAAUUUCAUAGAGAGAGUAAAGGAGAAGCAUGCAUUGGCGCGGGAGGAUCGAGAAGCAUAUCUGGGUAAUCCUUUAAAUGCAUACAAAUUAAUUAAACGUAUUGUAGUUGACUGGGUUAUAAUAACGGAAAAUGUGGGGUAUAACAAAGGUCUUAAAGCACUUAAGGAAAACCUGACAUCGUUGACUGCGGAAACAUCUUUUCCUGACUUAAGAGAACUACGCGGUGCGGCAAAAGGUAUAGGGCGUCUGCAGAUCAUGUAUAACUUAAGUACGACUGAUUUCGCAGAUGGUGUCAUCAAUGGCGUUAAUUAUGGUUCGGAACUCUCUCUCGUCGAGUGUUUUGAAAUCGCAAGCAAUCUUUUCGAAGCUAAGGAAUACCCUUUGGCAAAAGAAUGGCUCCUGUUAGUAUUGGAGCUGAUUUACAUUGGUGAUACUGCGAGAUUUAAGACUUCAGGUGAUUUUGAUAAUGAUUUUGACGGUGAUGUUGACGGUGAUCUUAGCAAUGAUGUUGACGAUGAAGAGAUCACGAAGCCAGAAGCAAAUGAAGUGAGUGGAAUAGAAGAUUCAAUACAACAAGCAAAAGAGCCUCUUGACACAGAGAAGAACAGAAAUGAAGCAGAGUAUGACGACGAAUAUGACAAUGCAGGAGUAGGGGAUGAUGACGAUGACGGUGACGACGACGACGACGAUGAAGAUGAUGUGACGGAAGAUCUUAUUUAUGAACCCCGAUAUGGUGUAUUUGCUCCUGUGGUAUUGUACGAUUGGGACGAAAAUGCCAACAUAGUAAAUCAAAGUGAAAUUGAAAGAAGAGACAACUUCAAAAACGAAACGUCUGCAGUCGAUCAAGAUUUGAUAGCAAACAAAUUGUUAAACGAAACACUAGAAUAUUUAGCACUCACCAGUUAUGAGUUGGGCGAACGAAAGGAAAUGGAACUUUACAUUAAUGAAAUCUUAGAUAUGAAUCCGGAACACGCCUUUAAAGAUCUGCUACUUUUUAUGAAUAAAAAAGAAUCACAAAAUCGCACCGAUUUCGACAGUUUGAUUGAUUUGCAGCGUUACGAAUGGUUCGCUAACUACUCACGCUUGUGUCAAGGUGAACAAGUGGAACAAAAGGAACGUUAUCAACUCAAGUGCAAAUUAGAUACUCAUAAUCACCCAUUAUUCAUAUUGGCACCCUUGCGAAAAGAAGAAUUGCAUGCAGAUCCCGAAAUUGUCGUGUAUCAUGGAUUGCUAAGUGAUAAACACAUUGACGAUGUACUGGAACAGUCUGAAGCACACAUGGUGCGUUCACGUGUUGGUGGUGUAGAUGAGUACACGGUUCGCGAUGUGCGCGUCAGCCAACAAGCCUGGCUAACUUAUCACAGUCCAACACUAAAAUACAUCCAUCGUACGGUAUCGGCAAUAAGUGGUUUUGACUUAUCAAAUGCUGAAGACAUGCAGGUGGCAAAUUAUGGCAUCGGCGGACAAUAUGAUCCACACCACGACUUUUUCGACAACUUUGAUCAUAAAGCUAAAUCUCCGUGGAUUGGAAAUCGCAUAGCAACACAUUUAUUCUUUGCUUCUGACGUCGAGCAGGGCGGUUACACCGUAUUCCCCCUCUUGAAUGUUUACGCAAAACCCGUAAAGGGUUCGAUGAUUAUGUGGCGUAAUUUGCAUAAGUCUCUGGAUCCCGACAGACGCACUCUACAUGCCGGCUGCCCUGUAAUCAAGGGCACUAAGCGAAUUUGUAACAUUUGGGUACAUUCUGGUUAUCAGGAAUUCAGUCAUCCCUGUGGUUUAGUGCGUGACAACUACAAAUCGGCACAUAUAUGAAGUAAAAAUAUA